CAGUAGUUGAAAUCGCAGAGUCAGAAUCUCGUACAGUAAGUAGUUGCAGAGUCAGAAUUUGCAUAUGGAGAAGCUGAGGAAGGUGGUGAACGAAAUCGCCUACACGCGAGUCCAUACGAAUUCCCCUGCUCUUCACCGUUCUCUCGUUCCCUUCCUAACAAUCGCUUCGUCUCUAUACGGAGUCGCUCUCCAAAUCCGCCGCUCUCUCUACCGCUACUCACUCUUACAGAAACACCGGUGCGUUUUCUCUCUCGAGAGAGAGAUCAAUUGAAUAAUGCUUUUAUCGAUUCCUGGAACUUAAUUUGAUCUGUGGGAAUGAAGAUUACCCGUUCCGGUGAUCAGCGUUGGGAAUCUGAGCUGGGGAGGUAAUGGGAAGACGCCAAUGGUGGAAUACAUUUCUCAAUUCCUCGUUGAUUCUGGACUUACACCUCUUAUUCUCACUCGUGGUUAUGCUGGUGGAGAUGAAGUCAAAAUGCUUGAAAGACAUCUUCGUGGUGGACCGGUAAAGAUUGGCGUUGGGGCUAACCGGGCAGCUACUGCUGCUUUGUUUUUGGAUAAGUAUGGUUGUGUAGAUUCUUCUAGUUUAAGGUCAUUCUUUGAUCUUCAUGAAAGAGCACAAGUUUGGACCAUUUCUGAAAAAAUUGGUUGUAUCAUAUUAGAUGAUGGGAUGCAGCAUUGGAGUUUGUCUCGUGAUCUCGAGAUUGUGAUGCUUAACGGGCUGAAUCCAUGGGGAAAUGGUCAUUUGAUGCCUCAUGGUCCUUUACGAGAACCUCUUCUGGCGCUUGAACGGGCAGAUGUUGCUGUAGUACACCAUGUGGACUUGAUUACUAAACAAAGCCUCAGAGAUAUUGAGAACAUGAUACAAGGAUUCAAAAAGUCGAUACCGAUUUUCUACUCCAAGAUGGUGCCCAAAUACUUGUUCGAUGUUAAAAAUGCUAGGUCACAUGUAGCUUUAGAAGCGUUGCGCUGUGCCUCUGUGCUAUGUGUUUCCGCAAUUGGAUCCGCUGAUGCAUUUGUCAAGAGCAUCGAGAUGACUGGAGCACAUUAUGUUGAUAGACUUGAUUUCAGUGAUCAUCAUUUAUUUGAAGCAGAGGUUACUAAUUCCAUAGCUAUUCUUCAUGUGUUAUUCCCAAUUUGUUUCACUGCCAAAAAAUUAUUUUUACUAAAUCAAAUUGGCUUUCAUCAAUAUCAUAAUGAUAAGUGCAGGAUGUUGAAACUAUGAGUAGGAGAGCAAAGGGACUAGAACACAAAUCUAAUUGCAAGCCUAUCAUUGUGGUAACUGAAAAGGAUUAUGAUAGAGACCCGGAGAUCCUCAAAUGUCUGGACUCAUACACAGUCUUGGUUCUAUGCUCUGAGUUGCAAAUAACUCCUAUUUUGGAAACUGAUGUAGAUAGCUUUAAUUAUACACUUAUGAAAGCUCUAGCUGCUAAGUUCUAUGUUUCCAGUUAGAUUCAAGGUUAUCUUUUUGCAUUUUGUUAUUGUUUUAUUACUCUUAGGAAUAUGAUGAUGCAUUUAUAUUAUUCUUAGAAUGCACU